AUGAUGAUGAUGGAAGUCGCUCUUUCCUUUUCUUUGCUUGUAUUGCUGCUGCCUGUCUCUUGUAUGGCAUUCUCAGCGGCAAUAACAAGAGGUGCUCUCGCAACUCGAAAGCCCUUGUCCAAUCCGGCAAGAUUUUGGAUCCAACCGCCCACUAGUAGAAGACCGUUUGUGUCACAGAGAACUUCUACUCUACUGAGAUUGGACAAGGGGGAUGCCACUACUUCGAGUAAUACUGAAUUUGAGCGUGAAUUCACACAAAAGCAAAAGGCGACAAGCAGUCAGCUCAAGAGCGACUCUACUACUAGUGCUACGUCGGCAACCACCGAGUCGGAACACUUGGAUCACCAAAGCAGAGUCUUUGAUGAACUGUCCACCUUUUUUGCUUCGGAGGAAGCCAUUCCACCAGAUGUGGUUCCAAUUCUCCACAAAAUGACCGACAGUAUGAUCGACCAAGUCAUUCACUUGAGACAACAAGGACACGCUCUCAACCAGGCAUCGCGUCCGGCACGGGCCAACCAGAAUGCUACCUACACGGAGAACUUCUUUCACAUUUUGGAUGUGGGAUGUGGAUCGGGAGCCUUGUUUGACUUUUAUAUGCAAGCGGCCGACAAAAAGGACAUCACCCUUCACAUCCAGGGACUCGAUUUGGCGCCCAAAAUGAUUGAAAAUGCAAAGGUAUAUGCCGAGGCUCUUCUGGAUGACAAUGAUGAUGACAACCAGCAGCAUUCCAUUUCGGUGCAACUAGGCGACAUCAGCCAUUGGGUACCCACAAACAACAACAAGGAUGAACCGCAGAAGUUUGACUUGGUCGUUGCCAAUGCCUGCUUUGGAAACUUUUGGGAUCAACAGCAAGCUCUAAAGCAAAUGAGCGAUUGUCUUCGUGUCGACGGACUCCUUUGCAUCACGCAUCCUUUGGGCAGCGACUUUGUACAACAAUUACGGCAAGAAGAUGCCAUGAUGGUGCCAAAUUUGUUGCCAACAUCUGUACCGGAAUUGCAACAAUUGGCUCGAACACUUCCCAUUCGCAUACUCAAUGUUGUAGACAAGGACGACAACAACAAGGAUCCAUUGUCAUACUACAUGGCCACGGCAACCAAAGUCGUCUACCGAACAGUCCCACAAACCAUGCGAUUUCGAGGACAAGUCGAUCGGGGAUAUGGACGCGGAGGCAAAAAACUUGGGUUUCCCACAGCCAAUCUGCCAUCCGGGCUCUUUCAAGGGGCACUCCAGGAUGUGCCUUGUGGAGUCUACUUUGGAUGGGCCGUCCUCGAAGGAGACAACAAUGUCGAUGCGACAACUACAGGACGCAAUGUCCCUCACAAGGCCGUCGUCAAUGUGGGAUUCUCUCCCACUUUUGAAGGACAAGAGAACCCUGAAAAGAUUGUAGAGGCUCACUUGAUGUUGUCGUCUGACGACAAGGCAUUGGAUCCACCCGACUUUUACGAUGAAGUCAUGCGAUUGCAGUUGAUUGGCUUUAUACGACCCGAAAUGAAAUUCCCGUCCUUUCCGGAUUUGAUUGCUCAAAUCAGUACCGAUGUAGAGGAUGCAAAGGAUGCCUUGGAUCUAGAGCUUUACAAGGAGUUUCAAAAGGAUGGUUUCGUCAGCGAUCCAUCAUCAUCAUCAUCAUCAUGGGUGGGGAGUGGCGGUGGCGACGAAACUGCAAGCUGGGAGUUUCAAGAUGUUGAGGAUGUUGUCGAGCAGAUAAACAAAUAA